AUGAAGACCUCCACAGCUGGCCUUGCUGUGCUUUUUGUGACUGUCCUCUGCUACCAGGUCUCCUCUUCUCCACCUUCUGUCAACUUUUCUGGUCCCUGCUGCAUACGAUACAGCACUAAACCGUUUUUGGUGAUGUAUGAGCACGCAGGCAGCCACUGCUUCCAGCCAGCCGUGAUAUUUACCACAGUUGCAGGCAGGAUGGUCUGUGGCAAACCUGAUGAUAAGUGGGUCCAGGACAUCGUGAAUCACCAAAAGGACAAGGCAGGCAGUGG